CCUCCCGCUCUGAGAGGUGGUGAACGUGCUUGUGGCGGCGGAGUUGUAGUAGCGCCAGUAUCGGUUGCAGUGCCCUUGGUGGCGCUAUUUCGCUCCAGCGUGGUCCGUUUGUCCUCUUUCUGCCUUCAGUCCAGCUCAGUCGCGGUCAUGGCCCUGCUGAAAUCCAGCAAGAUUAUUCCCGCUAUCGGAUCCUACGGCCCCGUUCUGGGAGUGCUGCCUCUCCGUGCGAGCUCAUGGUGGUCUGAGGUACAGAUGGGCCCACCUGACCCCAUCUUGGGGGUCACAGAAGCUUUCAGGCGUGACACCAACCCUAAGAAGAUGAAUCUUGGAGUGGGGGCUUAUCGGGACGACCAGGGAAAACCCUAUGUCCUUAACUGUGUCCGCAAGGCCGAGGCUCAGAUUGCUGCCAAGAAAAUGGACAAGGAGUAUCUUCCAAUCGGUGGCCUGGGAGAUUUUACAAAGGCUUGUGCACAGCUGGCUCUUGGACCUGACAAUGAAGUCCUCAAGAGUGGCAGGAGUGUCACAGUCCAGACCAUCUCAGGAACUGGAUCUCUCCGUGUUGGGGCUAACUUCCUGGCGCGAUUCCACAAUGCAGCACGGGACGUGUAUCUGCCUAAGCCUUCAUGGGGCAACCACACCCCCAUCUUCAGGGAUGCAGGCAUGCAACUGAAAGCUUACGCAUACUACGACCCAAAGACCUGUGGCUUCGACUUCAAUGGGGCCCUCGAUGACAUUUCAAAAAUUCCAGAGAAGAGUGUGAUUCUGCUGCACGCGUGUGCACACAACCCAACAGGAGUGGACCCAAGACCCGAACAGUGGAAAGAGAUGGCGAGUGUGAUCAAGAAAAGAAACCUGUUGGUGUUUUUUGACAUGGCCUACCAGGGCUUUGCCAGUGGGGAUAUUGACCGGGAUGCUUGGGCCGUGCGCCAUUUCAUUGAGCAAGGCCACAAUGUUGUUCUCUCCCAGUCCUUUGCUAAGAAUAUGGGUCUAUAUGGUGAGCGUGUUGGAGGCUUUACGGUGGUGUGCAAGGACACUGAGGAAGCCAAGCGUGUGGAGUCACAGCUGAAGAUCCUCAUCCGGCCAAUGUAUUCCAAUCCCCCCAUGAAUGGAGCCCGCAUUGCCUCAACCAUCCUUGCCACACCCGAGCUCUACAAGGAGUGGCUGGUGGAGGUGAAAAGCAUGGCUGAUCGCAUCAUUAAGAUGAGGGAGAUGCUCGUCUCAAACCUCAAAAAGGAGGGAUCCACUCACAACUGGCAGCAUGUCACUGACCAGAUCGGCAUGUUUUGCUUCACUGGCCUCAAACCUGAGCAGGUUGAGUGUCUGAUCAACGAAUACUCCGUCUACAUGACGAAAGACGGCCGCAUCUCCAUGGCAGGGGUGACGUCUGGAAACGUGGCCUACCUGGCUCACGCUAUCCAUGCUGCCACUAAGUGAAGCCAGUGUCCCUUGGUGUUUGCAGACUGUAGUGAGGAGAAGGAAAUUGGAGUUGCGCAGGAAAAUGCAUUUCAUAUAAAUUAGUUUCUCUUCUCGGGAAGAGUGUAAUACUGUAUACUGAGAGCCCUUUUUCAAACAUCAUUUGUUUACCUGCAACGAGCCCCUUAACAAACAUAGAUGGACCCAGGACGAGUUUAACAAUAGCAUUUAUCAUGCAUUUCCCUUUGAUUUAAAAAAAAUGAAUUUUAGGUGAAGCUAAAUUGAUAUUGUACUUAAGAGAAAGUUUUCCCAAAGACCCCCCCCCCCCCCUGCUGCUGGUAAAUGAAUGUUGCGCCCCCCCCCCCCGCUGCUAAAUGAGCUAUACCAUACAGAAAAGCCAAACCCAUUAUGAUGAAAAUGUAAGGCUAAUGUGUAAAACCUGUAAGUCAGCAGUUCCUUGAAUGCUCAUCACUAAUGUGUGGUAUUUUAAACCGAUAAUUUGACCGCAAGGAUCACUAACCAGUGACCUUGGUUAGUGGUCCUUGUCCCAGCACGGUUCCUGGGCAAUUAUUGUGCUACCAAUGGAGCAAAGGCACUUUUCAGUGGAGACUGUACAGUGGAACCUCUUAAUCAGAGGAGCCUGCACUGCACUGUACAUCUUUGCACAAAUAUACAUCCCUCUACUUACUGGGUGGGUGUGAAUUAUGUCCUUGGUCUUUAAUCAUUUAUUUGUAAAUAUCAGCGUAAUAUUUUUGGAAGAAUAUAUAACCACAGCUUGUCUGAUCCAGAUCUGUUUAUUCAGUGGUUAAAAAAAACGAAACGAAACAGGAUAAACGAGUAAUCAAGAGUUCAUUUGCAUUCAAAACAUUUUUCUGUUUCUUGUGCUGUGUGUGGAGGUGAGCGUUGCCUCUCCAGUCUGUCCACCUUUAGCUGAAGUCUGCCACCCAGUGGCUGUGGGAGUAAAGGCUGGACGCAGACUAGACACGGGCCUAGACUUUAACCUUAACAUUAGAGACAGUUCUGGCUGUUAUGUCAGUGUGAGAGAUGUUGCUGACUUGCCCACGCCAAGCAGCUUCUCUUCUCAUGAGGUUAAAUGCAUGAUUUGUGACUUUGGUAGUUUAUAAAUGGUCAUUUAGUUUCUGUGGUGCUUUUCACGGUUCUGGUCAUUCCAAAAGCAGACUCUGUUAUCAAAUUCAACAUUUUCUCAACACAGGUGUUAGCUGUGUCAUUAAAUGAAGCGUCAUGUGUGAUUCCUACCUUGCAGUAAGCAAAUAAAGGUGAGCUUUAAAAAAAACUUAA